AUCACAUGUUCAGUCGAAUCGCUCGUUUUCUGCUGUUGUGUUGAGUGGUCUGUGGAUUUGACUUGCCCUAUACCAGGCUUUCAGCAUAUCAACAUUGGAUAAUGAAAGGCCUUUCUUGAAUAGUGAACAUGGAAUGGACCAGUUAACAUCUACGAAGAUUAUCAACGCGGACGGAAGCGCGGCAGGGUCUGCCAGAGCUAUCACUGAGUCACUGACCACCUCAGCCAGACUGACAUCGUUACCCCCAAAGGGCAGCAGCUCUGUUCGAGUGCUCUCCUCCGGCAGCAGCAGCAGCAGUGGCGCCUCUGGUGGCGGUGCAACGCUAGUGGAGAAGAAGUUCAUCACUCAGAGUGGCGGCGGUGGAGGCAGCAGCAGCAGUAGCAGCAGCAGUUAUGUCAUCUCUUCCUCCUCCAGUGGUCUGUCAGUAGACAGCGGGGAGGGGGCGUCCGGGUCUUUCUCAGGUGAAGGCUCCACCACCAGCAGGGUCACCACCAGGGUCACCUCCUCUGGCGGCACCAGCAUCAUCAAGAAAGCAGCUUCUUCAUCCACCACCUCCUCCUCCUUGUCCUCAUCUUCCUCAGCCCUGUCCUCCUCCUCUUCAGGGGAUCUUCUGGAGGGGCUGGUGGUUUAUGAAGAAGGAGACUUGGAGUCAGGAGGAGCAUUAGCAUCAGGAGGCUCCAGUUCGGUCACAGUCACCAAGUACACCACCACCACCACCGGCAGCAGCAGUACUGGUACCUCCACCCAGGAGGCAUCUUCAUCAUCUUCCUCAUCCUCUUCCACUGCAGUUGGAGGAGGAGAAGGAGCAGCAAGGCUGGAGGGCUCUAGCUCCACCGUCGUCACCAAGGUCAUCUCCUCAUCUUCAUCUUCAUCGUCUGGAGGUGCUGCUUUCAGCGCAGGAGGAGGAGAAGCAGUUAGUGUAGAGGUCGGAGGAGGAGGAGGAGGAGGUGGAGGAGGUUCUUCAAGCUCCAGGUCCACCACCGUUACCAAGGUCAUAUCUUCAGGAGGUUCCUCAUCUGUGAGAGUAGAAGCAGCAGGAGGAGGAGGAGCAGGAGGAGGAGGAGGAGGAGGAGGAGGAGGAGGAGGAGGAGGAGGAGGAGGAGGAGGUGGGAGCUCCACGGUGGUGACUAAGGUCAUCUCCAGCUCCAGCUCCUCAGGGUCUUCAGCAGGAGCCGCCAUGUCUUCUUCUGGAGGAGAAGGCGCAGCCAUGGUAGUGGCAGCAGGAGGAGGAGGUGGUGGAGGUGGAGGUGGAGGAGAGGUGAUCUCCAGCUCCAAGAUGGUCACGACCACCACCAAGUACAGCUCCUCAUCUGGUGGGGGAGGGGCAAGUUCAUCUUCCUCAUCCUCCAUGAUGAUGUCCGGAGGGGGAGGAGGAGGAGGAGGUGGAGGAGGAGGUGGGAGCUUGGCCAAGUACAGCACCUCCGUGGGAGCCUCCUUUGGGGCUGCAGGAGCAGGAGGAGGAUCCGGCUCGUUGACUAAGGUCACCAAGUACAGCUCCACCUCCAUGAGUGCGGGAGGAGGAGGUGGUGGAGGUGUUGUGAGCGGGAGGAAGGGUUCGUCGUCGGGCAUGGCCUACUCCUCGCCUCUCCCCGUGGAGAGGAAGAUGGUUCUCAGCACAACGCGAUCAGGAAGCUCCAGUCCGGCCUCGUCUCCCGAGUACUCCAGGAAAGAAUAUGCUGCUGCUGGAGUGUCCACGAGAGGCCGUACUCAGACAAGAGAGAGUGAGAUUCGCGCAAGACUGCAGAGCGCCUCUCCCUCCUCAAGAUGGACGGAGCUGGAGGAUGUGAAGAGGCUUCUUAAGGGCCGCUCUGAGAGCGUGAGCCCGCCGCGCUCCCCCACCAACACACUGCCCAUUCCCAAGAAGGCCAGCGUCUCCGAGUCAGUGCAAUAUGACAGCUCCACGCUGGACUCCACCUACAUGUCCAGCGGUGUUUAUGGUUACCACACCAACAACCUCAGCUCCAGCGCCGCCCUGCAGGCUGCCUCAGUUUCUGGACUGCAGAACAACAUGGCCCUGUCUGCAUCCUCCAUGACGGCUGGGCUUUCUGCUGCCAAUGCAGUCUAUGGAAUGCAGAACAACCUGGCAGCUACCACAGGGGGCGCUACCACUGCCAAUGGCCUCAGUGCUCACACAGCGUAUGGAGUGCAGAAGAAUGUUGGAAGCACUGUUGUAUCCACCACAUCAGUGCCCAGCAGUCCUACGGUGAGCGAUGACGUCUUCACUAAGGACUACAGGUUCAUGAUGCUGGAGAAGGAGAACGCCCCGGCCAAGAAGGAGACGGAGAGGCUCAUCAUGUCCACCAAGGACACCGGCAAGCAGUUCACUACGGCCAGCGCCUCGUCCUACGCUGAGGAUUCCCUGAAGAGGGAGAAGAUGAUGGUGUCCAGCACCACCACCGAGACCUCCACCGCCAAGGCAGAUACCAGCAUCUCGUUCACAAAAGCCUCCACUAAGGACAAAGCCACAUAUGCAGAGAUCCGUAAGGAUGAGAGUGGCAUGGGGGCGCUGGGCUUCUGCUCCUGGUGGAAGUGGCUGCUGGGGAUGCUGCUGCUUUCUCUCCUCUCCCUGGGGCUCCUCUGUGGACUCAUCGCCCUGGCGGAGGACAUGAGGAAGCUGAAGGCCCGCGUGGAGGCCCUGGAGUCCGGCGUCGAUGGCGUCGUCUCCUCCGCCCGCACCAGCCGUCUCUCCUCCUCCUCCUCCACCGUCAACAUCAUCGACCCGCUGGACUCCUCGUAUGCCGCCCAGGGUCCCGGCAUCACGCGCUCAGACAACACCAUUCUGCUGGGGGCGGCCGGGCCUGGCGGUGCCGGUGGGGCUGGUGGAGGUGGUGCUGGGGGAUAUGGAGGUGCUGGUGCCGGUCCCGGUGCUGGUGGUGCGGCUGGUCCGGUUCAGGGUGCAGGGGGUGUUGGUGGGGGUGGAGUGGACCCAGUCACUCUCCAGAGGACCGUCCAGCACCUGGUCAGGGCUGAGCUGCAGUCGGACACCAUCAGAUCGUCACUGGCAUCAUCUUUCAGAGGGGAGAGAGGAGAACCUGGAACCAAGGGUGAACCUGGACAUCCAGGAUCCAAAGGAGAGCCAGGGUUUCCAGGUGUACCAGGUCCUCCUGGUUUGCUGGGACAUCCCGGACAGGAAGGACCUCGAGGCCCCAAAGGAAGUCAAGGUGAUGCUGGUGCGGAUGGGCAGCCUGGCCAGAGGGGUCGCGAGGGGCCGGCAGGGCCUCGUGGAGAGCCAGGACCCCCAGGCCUCGGGGAGAAAGGAGAAAAAGGUUCCCCAGGGGAGGCGGGUGGUCAAGGGCCCCCAGGUCCGGCCGGUCCACCUGGUCCCAAAGGUGAAGCUGGCGGACAUGGUGCCCCAGGUCUUCCAGGUGCCCCUGGUCCUCAAGGUUUCCGUGGAGAUGUAGGAGAGCCUGGACCCAAGGGUGACAAAGGUCCAGCUGGUCCCUCUGGAAACAAAGGUGACCAAGGUGAGAAGGGACCCAGAGGUGCAGCAGGCGAGUCAGGCCAGCCUGGCCCACAAGGCCCACCAGGAGAGAAAGGACCCAAAGGAUCAGUCGGUCUUCCGGGAGCAGAUGGCGAGAAAGGCCCCCGAGGUGAUCAAGGUCCAGCUGGGUUGCAGGGGUCCAGGGGACCCGCAGGCCCACCGGGAGAUGGAGGCACACCAGGAGUUCAGGGCAUCCAGGGGCCACCAGGUCUACCGGGAAUUCCUGGAAAGCCUGGAGACAAAGGAGAAGCGGGUGAACCUGGGAGAGUUAUCAAUGCAGCUGGUUCCAGUGCGGUGGCGAUUCCCGGGCCCCCAGGGCCUGCUGGAACUGCUGGUCCCCCCGGUCCUCCAGGCCUGUCAGGUCCCAUUGGCCCAGCUGGAGUUCCUGGCCAAGCCGGUGCCAAAGGAGAGAAGGGCGAGAAGGGGGAGAAGGGCGAGAAGGGAGCCCAGGGAGAGAAGGGAGACCCGGGGGCCAAAGGAGGAGACGGGGCGCCCGGAGCUGCUGGGAAGGACGGAGCUGCUGGGAAGGACGGUGCCAAAGAUACAGCGAAGGAAGACGGCAAGCCUGUUGCCGGACCCCCAGGACCUCCCGGACCCCCCGGACCCCCAGGUCCCGCCGGCCCAGCUGGCGCUGCCGGUCCUCCAGGUGAAGGUAAAGCUGGACCACCUGGACCCGUCGGACCUCCUGGACCCGCAGGGCCCGCCGGAGCACCAGGUGUGGGGAAGCCUGGACCUCCAGGUGAUAAUGGUCCCAAAGGCGACAAAGGAGACUUUGUUGCAGGGCCCCGUGGUCCCGUUGGGCCGCCAGGUUCUCCAGGACCAAAGGGAGCGCCAGGUGAGGGUGGUGAGCAAGGAUACACUGGGGAACCUGGCUCCCCAGGACCUCCUGGAGAACCUGGUCUUGGCAUUCCUGGUCAGCCUGGGCCUCCAGGUCUUCCUGGAUCGCAAGGACCAGAGGGCUCGUCAGGACCCGAAGGACCCCCUGGAUCGGAUGGUCCGGAGGGCCCGCAAGGUCCUAGAGGUGAAGCUGGUGUUCCUGGCGCCCCUGGAAUUCCAGGCUACUCAAGCAGAGAUGGAGCGGCCUCCCCGGGUGCCCCCGGACCCCCAGGUCCUCCCGGGCCACCAGGGGCUCCAGCUCCUGUUAGCCAGAUAGCUGACUACCUCCAGAGUGAAAGCAUCAGGGGCUACCUGGCCGGUCCGCCAGGCCCCCAGGGUCCUCCUGGUGCCCCUGGCUAUCCUGGAACCCCUGGAGCUCCUGGUGCCGCGACUGGGCCCUCUGUGGACGACUUGGCUGCCAGAGUCCUGGCCUACGUUCAAAGGUCGGGUGUUGGAGCGGGUCGUCCUGGGCCUCCUGGUGCCCCUGGUUCCCCUGGUUCUCCUGGAGCUCCUGGCGCACCUGGCGGUGCUGGUCCCGGUGCUGGUCCAUCCAUCAACGAUAUCGUGUCCAUCAUCCAGAGAGAGGACGUGAGGCGGAUUCUGAUUGGUCCCCCUGGCGCCCCUGGAGCACCGGGUGCCCCUGGAGGCGCUGCCGGUCCUGGAGGAUACAGCGCCGACCCACAGGAAGUGGCCGCCAGAGUCAUCGCCUUGCUGAAUGAUCGAGGUCUGCUUGGCAGACCAGGGCCACCUGGACCCCCUGGUCCUCCAGGAUUGCCGGGAAUUUCCAAUUUCGACCUCUCACAACUGCUGCGAAACUCCGACUACCAGGGUCUCCAGGGGCCGCAGGGUCCCGUUGGACCUCCCGGCCGGCCUGGGCCACCCGGACCUCCUGGCCAUGGCACUGGGGACUUUGAGGACAUUAGGGACUAUCUGACCACUGUGGGUCUCAGGGGAUCCCCCGGUCCCCCUGGACCUCCUGGCCCUCAAGGUCCUCCUGGAGGAUCCAGGAACGGCCUGGUCUCUUACGCCUCCAACGAGUAUGAGGGCUUCCAAGCGGAGAUCGAGAAGUAUUUAACCAGCAGUAGGUUCACCCGUGCCCUGGCUGGUCCUCCGGGUCCUGCUGGUCCCGUGGGUCCUCGGGGCCAGAAGGGGGAUCGAGGAGACACCGCCUACCCCCACCAACGAACUCCUCACACCGUGGACUACCCCAAGGUGGCCCUGCGCGUCUCGGACUACAUCAAAUCUCAUGGCAUGCUGGGUGAUGAGUUGGAGGAUCGCUCUUUAAGGAGUCGAGGUCCUCCAGGACCUCCUGGCCCCCCUGGCCCACCUGGACACUACAACAACGUCACCGAACUCAUGAACUACAUGAAGGCGCAUGGUGCAAUUGUGGGAGCUCCGGGUCGACCAGGGCCUAAGGGUGACACGGGACUUCCUGGCCCCAAAGGAGAUCAAGGCUUUCCAGGAGCCCCAGGACCUCAAGGAGAGAAAGGUGAAGCAGCGUGGUUGAAACAGAGAAGGAGACGAAGCCCUCAAGCAUAAAAAAACACCAUCAAACUGCAACGUAGUAUUCAUUAACUUAAAGGCAAACACUGCUCAUAUCAUACAUCAAGCAACACUGCACAUUAAACAUACUUAAUCACUCUAUGCACAACAAUUUUCGAAUAUGACCAAGUGUUUUGCUGACUUGGAUUAACUGUCUGGAAGUAUUUUAAAAUAUGACCAAUUGUUUUGAUGACUUUUAACAAUCUGAAAUUGUCUGUGAACAAGAAUUUUAGAGUAUGACCAAUUGUUUUGUUGACUUGGGCAAACUUUAAUUGUACGUCUGCAACCUUUUUAGACAUUCCCAAAUUGUUUUGUUGACUUAAACUGUAUGCAACUACUUUAUAAUGAGAUUAUAAUUGUUUUGUUGACAAACGUAUCGUCUGUGUGCAACCAUUUUUUUUAACUCAUUGAGUGCCAGCCAUUUUCAAAUUCAGACCAGGGGGUUGCCAGGCUUUUUUCAACGUUUGAGUGAUUUUUCAAGAGCCAUAAACAUUUGAGUUCUUUGUCCAUGUGAACAAAAAACAUACCAGAUCAACGUGUUAGGCCCCACCCCCCAUAAAAAACGCAAUUGACUUGAUAUCAAGUUUUUGGCACUGUGCCAUACAUUCUGAAAAGACUCGUUUUCAAGUCCAUGGCACUCAAAGAGCUACUAUGACUGUUUUGUUUGUGAUUAUGCAAUGAUGCGUUUACUACUUACUACAUCAUCUACAGCAGUGUUUCCCAACCAGGGGUACGUGUACCACUAGGGGUACGCGAGCACACUGCAGGGGGUACUUAAGAAAGGUUAUUUUAACAAAUGCAUGGAGCAUAGUCACACUGCAAUAGAAAAGUGAUGUAAAACAUGAGUUAGGGGUUACUCAUGGCACAACGGAAAGGCUUAGGGGGUACAUGACACAAAAAAGGUUGGGAAACACUGAUCUACAGUACUAUACCUCUGAACAAAACCCCAUGCAUAUUAACCAUUAUGUUUAUCCACAGAUUAUUUUAAAGGUGCAGUUUGUAGGAUUGUGGGCAGAGUAGGUAUAUGAACUAUGCUGCCUAUUCCCAAAUCUGAUAUUUUCAUGAAUAUUUACCAAUCAGUAUUUGUGAAAAAGGUAACAUUUGUGUAUGGGCAGCAAGCAUUCCUGAAAUAAACUACUAAAAAUAUUGCAUACUGCACCUUUAAAAAACAGGCCAUCUUAGAAUCUGGUGUAGUGUGCAUCAUGGUACUUAUGUUUAACCUGCAUCUGUGUAUGUGUUCUUUUUUGAGGAAAUAUAUAUUUUUUUCUCAACAGGUUUUUAAUUAACUCUUUUGAAGUUUUGUACAAAUUAUUUUUACUGUUUAACAUCUUGCAUGUUCUUUGCAAGCGGGGUCUAUCACGUGUUUUUAUAUAGGGUGAUUUUUUUUUAAACUCUAAAAAUAAAAUAAAAACAUUUCUACUUUCUGUAUUUGGAGGUCACAGUUUAGUGAUAAGCCAGCGCUGCCUGAAUUACCAUGUCGGUGCAAGUGAAAGUGAGGAUUGUGAUUGUGUAAUAGGAUCGUUAUUUUCUACAAACACCUGUACCAUCUGUUUCUUUUUAUAAAUUGACAGUGAAAGUGAGGAUUGUGAUUGUCUAUUUGUUUUUUUAUACAUUGUUACAAUGUAUCCUCUGAAUGUAUGCACUCUACACAAU